AUGAUCACAGCAAUCAAGGCAGCGCAACGCUUGGAUUCCCGGGGCAACCCUACCGUCCAAGUCGACCUGACUACUGAACAUGGGGUUUUCCGUGCUAUUGUCCCCUCCGGAGCCUCGACCGGCGCCAACGAGGCCGUUGAGCUCCGGGAUGGCGACCCAUCCAACUACAGUGGCAAAAGUGUGCACAAAGCCAUUCAAAAUGUCGAGAACAUCAUCGGCCCCGCGCUGAUCAAGAGCGGGCUUCGAGUUGAGACGGACCAGAAAAAGAUCGAUGAGCUGCUCAUCGCCUUGGACGGUACUAAGAACAAAGCCAAUCUCGGUGCCAAUGCCAUCCUGGGGGUUAGUAUGGCUUGUGCACGCGCAGGAGCAGCUGCGGCGGGUUUGGAGCUAUAUGAGUUUCUGCGACGCGAAUCCGGUGAUAAAAAGCCCUAUGUGAUGCCGGUGCCGUUCUUCAAUGUCCUCAACGGCGGCGUGCAUUCUGGCAACAAGAUGGCCUUUCAAGAGAAUAUGAUCGCGCCCGUCGGAGCGAGCUCAUUCAGUGAAGCCGUGCGUAUGGGCAGUGAGGUUUACCACCAUCUGAAGCAAAUCCUCACCAAACAAUUUGGAGCGUCGGCCGUCGGUAUCGGCGAUGAAGGCGGCUUUGCUACGCCCAUCUCGCAGCCCCAUGAGGCUCUUGACCUGCUGGUAGAGGCCGUAUCCGAGGCAGGCUACGAGGGAAAGAUCAAAUUCGCCAUCGACCCGGCUUCAAGCGAGUUCUUCAAGAACGGAACCUACGACCUCGGCUUCAAGGACGAUGCCCCGAAUCCUCUGUCGCCAGAGCAGCUAAUGGAUCUUUAUCACUCGCUGCUUAGCAAGUAUCCCAUCGUCCUACUCGAAGAUCCCUUCGCGGAGAAUGACUGGGCCAGCUGGACUGAAUUCUGCAAGAAUUGUCCCGUGGAGCUGGUGGGCGAUGACCUGCUGGUGACGAACAAGAUUUAUGUGCAAGAAGCCCACGAAAAGAAAGCAUGUACUGCGAUGCUGCUCAAGAUCAACCAGAUCGGAACGAUCUCUGAAGCUCUCGAAGCGGCAAAUCUGGCAUAUAGGUACGGUUGGAGUGUGUUCGUGUCCCAUCGGUCUGGUGAAACCACGGACGACUUCAUCGCAGACUUGGUGGUGGGGCUGCGCACUGGUCACAUCAAGUCGGGAGCGCCAUGCCGCGGGGAGAGAGUUGCCAAAUAUAACCGGCUGAUCGAGAUAGAGGAGGCGCUUCUAGCACGAGGCGAAGAGGUGGUGUAUGCUGGAGCGAAAUUUUCGGCCGCUUCCAGGCUCUAAGAUUGGUAUUCCUGGCUUGAUCCAGGCGCUGGACUACGUUCCGUCGGGGAUAUCGGUCAGACGGGGUUGACCCUAUCUUCUGCCGUGCUACAUAAGUCACAUUGAAGAAGUUACAAGUUUAUUCAAGUUGUUAAAGGAUAA